AUGAAUCCGCCUGGCAUCCGACGCGCUCAGCAACAGCAGGCUCCGAGGAAGGGCAGACGUCUGCGCGCCGCUCGUGCCUGUGAUAGGUGUCGUGCCAAGAAGUACAAAUGUGAUGAGGAGCUGCCGUGCUGCCACUGUGCAAAAGCCACUUUGCAGUGUGUAUACCAGAACGGAUCAUUCAGGCGGCAUGACGAUUUGUCGUUAGACGCCCAGUUGAAUGCCGUGCGGGCUGCCUUGCCUCCCAAUGGAUUUACUGGUCCUCCUGGUGCAAGUACCACUACUUCCGCGGAUGCAAUUGUCCCCGAUGCCGACAUUAACCUCAGCACCGGAGAAGGGUCUGCUGCGGACCCGCCUGGAGACACUGCCAGCUCGACCCUGUCAGCCACGCAUGUCGGUGAGGAUGAACAAUACGAAGACCUCGUGUCCCCGGUCCAGGAGGAAGACACAGACGCCGACCGGCAAACGAAGGCGAUCGAGUUCCACGGAUCCACCUCGUCUAUUGCCCUCCUCCGAGAUCUUCAGGUGUCCCUUGGCCGUCUGUUCCAGGGCAGCCCACAUCAACAAGCGGGAGUCUCAUUUCAACGUCGAAAUGGUGGCGGCAGCAGCAGCGGGCAACGGCAGCAACCUUUGCCAUUAUUGCCUGGCGGUGGCAAGCGCUUCAACCUCGUUUCGGAGCUGCGCAACACGUCUUUUGCCCCGCGGGCCGGCACCGAGGGGAACUCGACUAUGCAGCAGAGGAACCUCUACGUCAAGGAGGCGCAGUACUUCAUCGACGCCUACUUCCAGAACUUCCACUUCAUCCACCCCUUCAUCGACAAACAGAUCUUUCGCCGGCGGGUGGCUGACAUGUGGGCCGCUGGGGAUCCGGCCUGCGACAUGUGCUUCUUCUGCACGUACCUGAGCCUCAUGUCCCUCGGGGCGCUUAUCGGAGAGUGGGAGUGGGAGGAGGACCGCCUUGGGGGACUGAGCCGAUUCGAGUGGAGCCGUAAACUGUUCGACGAGGCGUUGGCCAACUUGGCCGACUUGCAUUUCCCUGCCAACCUGGACACGGUGCACUGCCUGUACCUGUGUGCCAAGGUCUGCCAGAACGAGCUCAACCAUAACAUGGCUUACUUGUACUCGGGAUUUGCCGUGCGCAUCUGCCUCACGGCCGGGUUUAACCAGGACAACGCCUGCGGCGGAUUCGGCAGCAGCGGCAGCGGCACUUCAUCAUCCUCGUUGCAGAUAUCACGCACCUGGUGGGGUCUCUACUCCCUAGAGAUGGAACUCAGCUUUGCCUUAGGCCGCCCGGAUACUUUAGGACUCGAUGAGUAUCACGACCGGUCGUUACCGCCCGUCGAUGACUCCGAAUUCGCCAUAAUUCCGUUGAUGGUGGAUUUUACCCGCAUAGUGCGCCGGAUCGCCAUCAGCAUCUACCACUCCCGGAUGUCCUGGCAGCAGAAGAUGGUCCGCGCGCAGGGACUCGAGGGCGAGCUAGACGCGUGGAUCGCCGCUCUCCCCGCUCGCAUUAGGCCUGCUUGUCCUUCAUCGCAGUCUUCCUCCUCCUCUGCCGGCGGACUGGCUGCCUUACGUCAGCCUAAGUGGUGCCGGCGCCAAAAGAUCAUCACCGAGAUCCGCUACCACAAUGUGAGGAUGUUGCUGUUUCGGCCGUUCCUCUCCAUGCUGACUGGGGAUGCUGGCAUGCCGCUGCCGCCUGGUAUAGCUGAGGCCGUGGAGAAGUGCAUUACCUCGGCAAAGCGCACCAUAGAGGUCGUUCACGAGGCCAUGAUUGCCAACAGCUUCUUCCGGACGUGGUGGGACAACACGAUGUACAUCCUGUUCGCGACGGCAGUGCUACUCCUCCACACGAGCCGCGACAGGCAGUCCCAUUGGCCGGCUAUUGCCCCCCAGGUGCAUGUUGCUGUGGAAAUCCUUGAGGCUAUGGACGAGUGCAUGGUGGCGAGGAAGUCGGCGAAUAUUAUCCGGCACAUGUUGGCGCAGGUCACGGGCCAGCCUACCCCGAUUUCGAAGACAACUACGAAUUUCGAUAUUGAAAAUAAUGUUCAACCAAAUUCAGACGAUUCUCUUGCGACGGCGGAUGAUGAUGGCUUCGGAUUCCUGGUGAACGAUGCUUUUGAAUUUCAGAACAUUGGCUCAAAUUUCUUGUUUCCAAGCUAUCUUUCUACUGGCGACCUCUCUUUUGGAGGUUUGUAA